CUCCACGCAGCGGACAUCCAGCUCCGGCCUCCGGGUCCCCGACCAGUUGGACCAUGACUUCCUCGGUGUUAUUUAUUUCUUGAAUUCCUUGCAGCGAUGCUUCAAUCAGCAGCUCGAAUUUGUGUUGAUACAAUAUUUGUGAUGUCAAAUGUUCUCUGGAUAGUUUGUACUGCUUACAUAUAUCAUCUGUUGUUAAUAUAGUACAUGAACUAUCACCUCAGCAGCUUGAUUUGUAUUGGUUAUAUGAACUGCCCUGAACCUUAGCAAAGUUUCUAAUAUCAUCUGUUGUGAAAUUAUAGACACUUUGUGUAUGCUAUGUGAGCAUGUAAUGAAAUUCGAGGGCAUUAUAGAUAUUACACAAAUCAACACAGUACACAAGCCAGAUUUCUAGAAGCCCAAAAGAAUAAGAGGGACAGUUUCUAGGAGCUUCUCCCCACCACAGUUUCCCCCCACCGAAACCCAUAAGCCGGCUUAUGCAUAAGCAGAAGCUAAAAAGAAGUGGCCCUUAAUGUACCUGGCGACAAGUAGUGCAGUACCUAUCCCUGCUCGACAUCGUAUCUCAGUUGUGCUGUGUGCAACUCUGGUCUGGAUCGUUAGUACUCUGAAUUUUUAUACAAUGUUCAUAGUUUUAGUGAAAUUUGGAUGAUAGCUACGAUUCUCUUUGUACCUUUUCAUAGCGAGUUUGUGUUUUAAACGGUAAUGGUUGAUACCUGAAACAUUCAUGUUCUGAUUGUGUGACACUAAUUUUAGCUGUCAUUUAGAAAUAAAUAACUUUUCAUACAUACCGUGGCAACUCAGUUCAGAUGUCAUAUUUUUUGACAAAACUACUGUCAUUAACCCAAGUGUUCAAAGUUACUCCAUAGCAAUUUUUUCCAUAAAUAUGAAAGGGACGUGAUAUAUAAAGAAAUAAGCUGAACUUUGAACUUUGGCUCGAGUUCUCUGUAUGAGAUUUUAACACUUUCCUUGUAUAUUUUGUUUACAGCAUAGCAGUUCACUUCUAUAUAUACUUCUGGAGGUCCUUUUUCAGUAAGGGGUGUUGGGCCUGUACCAACUGAAGUACUGAUCCAUGUACAACAGGUUGUAAGAUGAUUUGCUAGUAGCUUAUGGGUGAUCGCAAGUUCAAGUCUGUUCAAGCCUUGUCGGAACGGUUGAAAAAGAAAUGGGUCAUGAUGCAACUCAAGGCUUAGGUCCUGACUCCUGACCGGAUGCUCUACGAGCUCUGCACGCUCCUGCUCGUGAUCCUCCGGCCGCUGGGGCAGGUGGCGGAGGCGGGGGUGGCGUCCAUGCAGCUGGGCGUGUCCAUGGAGCUCAUGCUGUGCGGCUUGCUCACCUUCAUGUUGGGCUUCUUCCUCAUGCCCUGGGUCCUCGAUCUCGCCUGCGUCUUCCUCUUCGUCGGAUUUGUCACCAACCUCUCCGGGAUCGGGAGGGCCAUCCUCUGCUGGCCCGCCGUGUGCGAGGUCUUGUCUCACAAGGAGGCAUCCACAUGUUUGGGAGGUUUUGGUGCCAAGAGUAAUUCGCCGGUUCAUCACCAAGGUAAAUGCGCUUGCUUGUUGUAUUGUUACCAUACUUGUCCAUUCUUAAAUUGCCUCAAAUAUGCUUCUUGUCGUAUUCCUGUAUUAAAGAAUUGUUCUAUUCAAGUAUUUGUUCUCUCUUUGCAUCAUAUUAUUCUGUAUGGGAUUCAGUGAGUUUUACUGAAAAAGCAUUGCCCCAGUCCCCAGCUAGGGAAAUGUUCUGUGAGUAAGCACCUAGCGCUGUUUCCUGUUUACCAUUAAAGGCUAGAACCUGUAUUGCUCCGGGCCGGCGAGGGAACAAUUUUGCCAGUGAUGGGAGAAUUUGCCUGCUGAUUUGAGCAACUUUAUGUUUUGGCAAAUUACCACUGAUUUAGAGUGUUUUGGCAAAGCAACACAAGUCCUUGUGUAAUCUGGUGAAAUGUAUUUUGAGGAGAAGCUAGUAGCCUGGUAAGGUGACUUGUAGCAAUCAAUAUAUGGUUUUGUUUAGUUUGUUUAGGAUCAGACCGAACCCAGUGUGUAUUCACUUGGCUGUACUUGAAUUAUAUGAAUUCUAGAGAUCUAUUUUAUAUGCGGCAUUCACAUUGAAAUAAUCUUGCACUACUAUUGUCUGUGGGAACAAAUGCUUCUUCCUGCACUGACUUUAUACCCUCUGCAUAGUUUCAUUCUUCCUGCACUAUGACUUUAUACCCUCUGCAUAGUUUCAUUAGAUUCAUCAUAAGCUAUAUUUUAAUACUAUCUAUACUUGAUGUUUUACAUAAGUUUGACUGAAGAGUUAGGUCAUUGCUAACUUCAGUUUAUUUGGAAUGGAGGUAGUACUGAGUAGGUACAAGAUGUGGCUACAGACUUACUGUCAUGUUUUUAUUUAUCUCAGGAGGCAUUUCACACGCAAGUGUCAAUCUUCUGUCUUGUCGAACGGUAUGAGAAGAACUUGCUUUACUGCCAAAAUUAAUUUGCGAACUUAUUUUCUUCUAGUUCAGUAUUUGCAUGUGUUAUAAAAUGCUUUGUGCUUCCCAUUGUUUGAUUAUGAUUUUUUUGGCAGUAGUUAUAUCAACUUAGAAGUAAUAAUGUUAUACUUUGUAUAUGUAGAAACCCUUCCAUAGUUGCAUACCCAUGUUGACUUUUUUUUUUUCCUUUUCAAAUAACCCAAGAAGGGUGGCAUUUGAACACCUUGCCAGGUCUGCCUACAUUGGCACUAACUUUUCUUCAUAUUCUUGUAUAAUUGAGAUUGUUUUGCCUCUUGAAGUAAGACCGACAACCAUGAUGUUUGAACACCAAUCCAGUCAUGGAAGCUGAAGGAGUCUUCUAUCGACCGUUCUGGCAUGACUGCACCGUUGCGACCACUAGGUCUGUUUGGCAAGGGGCAAACCAGGGAAGAGUUGAAGGGUUAGGCUCAAUCGAUCAACAAUGAUGCUGUCACACUUCACCCCACGAGUAUGCCCAACAACGCAGGAGAAUUGUCCUGAAGCCCAUCAACUUACACAACAGCCUAAUACCAGCUGGUCAAGCCCAGUAGUGAAGACAAGCAGAUCUCACUCAGCGAACACCCGUCCAGUCAUGGAAGCUGAAGGAGUUAACUAUCGACCGUCCUAGCAUGAUGGCACCGUGGUUGGCCCUAAGUCUGUUCGGCAAGGGGCAAACCGGGGAAGAGUUGAAGGGUUUGGCACAAUCGUGAGAUUCAUUGUUCUUCUGACAUUUCAGUUUCUGGUUGGAAGAGCUAUACCAGCAUUGGCACUACUUGCAAGACGCAGGCAGCAGUGGAUCUAUGGGGAGGGGGGGGG